GAAAAAAAAAAGAAAUGAAAAAAUGAUGAAAAAGUGGUCAAAUCUCAUUCAAAAACCCCAAGCUUCUCGUCUCUAGGGUUUUCUUCAAUGCUCAUGAAGUGAGGGCUUAGUCUUCGAUCUGAGCUUACAUCUUAGGGUUUCAGUAGCUGUCUUGUAGAUUUGGUCGUGGUGCGGAGUUUUGAAUUAAGAAGAAUUGACAGCUAUUGUGUUGCUUUGUUGGAGAAAUUGUUUGCCGGGAUGGCUUCUGUAGAUUUUUUUUUUCUACCGAUUCUUUUUGCAGGCACGAGAAACGGUUUAUCUUGCAGUCUGUCAAUGGGCGCUGGAUGUUGAAGGCUAAGAAAAAAGGAAAAGAAGAAUUGAAUUGUGUGGGUGUUGAGGGGUAGGGGUCCUGCGGCGGACAUUUUAAGAUUGCCUGUGGAAGCAAAUGUGGAUGUUAUUUCGCAGACGGAUAUGUCAAGCCACAACAAGCAGAUCGUAAAUAAAAUGGAAGGUAAGUCUCCUGAUCGUACCUCAACUGGAUCUGUUCCCAAAAGGUCUAUUACAUCGGCUGGUGCUCGUUAUCACGGUUCAUCAUCCUCUAACCGUAAAGACUUCCUUCGGAAAUUUGUAGAUAGCGAGAGUUUAACUGUAAGCCUUGAAGAUUGGUUCUCAGGAAUUCACGAAGAAUCAAAUUUUAGGAAACCAGCUUUUGAUGUUCCGUUUGAGAUAACUGAACUUCAGAGUUUUGAUUAUGCAUUAGAAGGCGUUCCUUUUCAACAAUUGAUUCGAAUGCCAAAUGCUCUUCAGGCAUCAACUUCUGAUGCUGUGGAAGCGACGGCACAUCUUGCCAUUGAAGACUUUUUACAUGCAGGCCUCAAGGGUUUAUGGGAGACGUUUUGGGAUCAAGACUUGCCUAUGCCCUUUUCUGUUGCAUGUAUUCAUAGUACAAGUUCUAAAUUUUACCCUGCUGAGAAAGCCAUUGCCAGUGGGAAGCUCGAUGGUCUUUGUGCGACAGCCAUACUGUUAAAAAACGGUGGAAAUUCACAUGGAAGAUGGGACCAGAUUGUGGAAUUAACUUUGUUAAGGCCUGACGUUGGGACUCUUUCAAUACAGGCAGAGCAGGAACAACCUCACUCUGUAUUGGGUGAGGCGCUAUUCUUCGCUAUCCGUGUUCUUGUCUCGCGAAGCCUCAGCAAAUCAUCUGCUGCUCUUCGCAACUCAAACUGUGUUUUUGUGCUCCUAGUUGAUUCUCAAUAUGCGGGAGUAGUGAAACUUGAAGGUGAUAUAAAUAAGUUGGACUUUCAUGCCCAUAAUGUGUAUGAGUGCGCUGCUGAAUGGAUUAGAAAACAUGCUAAAAUCAGUAUUUCUACCAUUGAUAGGGUGUGGAACAAGCUUGGUAAUGCCAACUGGGGAGAUGUUGGAACUCUGCAAAUCUUGCUUGCAACAUUCCAUUCCAUGGUUCAGUUUUGUGGAAUCCCAAAAUAUUCACCUGAAGAAUUAGCCACAGAGCAUAAUUCCCGUCUGCAAACACGGAGAACCGAAAGACAUUUAGUCGAUACACAGGUUAAUGGAAAUGCUAUGUUUCGCUUCCAGCAGCGCAGCAUGUCUCCUGAAAUCGUUGAAGUCCAAGAAGAAUCCAUUAAGACUGUACCUGAAGAAACGUUGAACAUCGAAAAGGGUUCUGUUAUAUAUUUGGAGGACUCUAACUGGCAAAAGGCUUUUCAGAUUAAUGGCAGAUUGUCAGAUACAGAAGUUCCAAUAUACAGUGCAACUCUCAUGGAUGAGCAAUCUAAGGUGCUGAUCUUGUAUGUGGGUUCAUCUCCAACUCAUAUGGAUUUAAAUCUGUGGUACCAGGUUCAAAGACAGACAAAAAUAUUGAGUUUGAUGAACCAGAGAGGAUUGUCAAACAAACAUGUUCCUCAAGCCAUCGCUUCUGGGAGAAUCGUUCACCCAGGUCAAUGCAAUCGACCAAGCACCGGUGAAAAUUGCAGUCAUCCAUGGUGUGGGACUCCCAUACUGGCAACCUCUCCAUAUGGGGAAACUGUUUCCUACAUGGUGAGAAAUGGAUUAUUUGGCCCUGAGGAAGCUCUCAGAUGUUGCCAUGACUGCCUAUCUGCUAUUGCGGCGGCAUCAUCGGUCGGAAUUAGACACGGUGAUAUUCGCCCUGAAAGUGUUAUUUAUGUUAUCUCCAAUGUAAAACGUCCUUUCUUCGUUCUCAUUGGUUGGGGCCAUGCUGUUUUGGAAGAGAAAGACCGACCGGCAAUGAAUCUAUACUUCUCGUCUACAUAUGCUUUACAAGAAGGGAAGCUUUGUGCGGCGUCUGAUGCCGAGAGUUUGGUCUACCUGCUUUACUUCUCUUGCGGUGGGGUUUUCCCUGAUCUCGAUUCGGUGGAAGGAGCGCUCGAGUGGAGGGAAAUAUCAUGGUCGAGACGCGUCAUACAACAGAAGCUCGGGGAGGUCUCGGCCGUGCUAAAAGCCUUUGCUGAUUAUGUGGACAGCUUGUGUGGGACACCUUACCAUAUGGACUAUGACAUAUGGCUGAGAAGGUUGAGAAGAGCAAUCAAUGAAGAAGAUCAUGGAAAGGACAUUGAUUCAUCAAAUUAGAUUCUUAAUGGCUUUAUGAAUUCCUUAUGCAAAAUCAGGACUGGACAAAUGGGAGGUUCAUACUGUCAUCUUACGUAUCGGAAAGCUUCUUUUUCGUCUUGGCGGGUCACAUUUUGGUUUCAUCGACGCACCUUCGAUCGGUAAAUUGUGCUAUCUCUUUCUUCUUUCUUCCUUUCUUUUUGCUAUUGUGGUAGAUAGAUUCUGGGUGUGUAAAGGAUUAUGGUUUAUUUUGUUUGUUCUUUUGAUUCCACAGUUAGUUGCUGGGGUACAGAGGUUGUCAAUUGUUCCUAUUUGCAUUUUUGUAAUUAUUAUUGUUGUUUUUUCUUCAUCAUAACCUGCUGGUCUUUUUCUAUAAAUUCUUAAUUCUUUUUUAUAU